AUGACACAAAAGUUACCGAUUUUCGAGGUUUGUGUGGAUUCAGUUUCCUCGGCAAUUAAUGCAGAAAAAGAAUGUGCAGCCCGCAUUGAAUUAUGUGAUAAUUUAAGUGAGGGUGGAACUACACCAAGUUCAGGAAUGAUCGCGACAGUUCGAAAAUAUGUUAAAAUCCCAAUUAUGGUGAUGAUAAGACCCAGGGGAGGUGAUUUUUGCUAUAGUGAUCACGAAUUUGAGGUUAUGUGUGCGGAUAUCGAACACGCAAAAUCACUUGGAGCGGAUGGCGUGGUUUUUGGCAUUCUCCUAAAAGACGGGCGUAUUGAUGUCCAAAAGACUGGUCAGUCUAGCCAAGCCCAUGUUAGAGCGUUUGAUAUGUGCAAAGACCCGUAUCAAUCACUCGAGGAUAUUAUUGCGAUUGGUGGAAUACAACGAGUAUUGACGAGCGGCUGCGACAGCACAGUAUUAGAAGGUCUCGAAAAAAUAGCGCUUUUAGUAGAACAAGCGAGGGAUCGGAUAAUCGUAAUGCCUGGCGGAGGGAUUCGCAAGACAAAUAUAAAACGAAUACUUAAAGAAAUCAAAUUGAAAGAAAUACACGUAUCAGCUAGUGCAUCUGUAUCUUCAUCAAUGGAAUAUAGGACUGGGAAUGUUCAUAUGGGCAGACCCAUCUAUAAUGACGAAUUCACAAUAAACACGAUAGAUCGACAAAAACUUCGUGAUAUGAUGAAGACUGCAAAGGAAAUUAAUUAA